AUGCAGGCCCCUGUGUUGGUUAUGAACACCAAUAGUGGUGAGAGGCAGACUGGAAGGAGAGCUCAGAUGUCCAACAUUGCUGCCGCCAAGACCGUUGCCGAUAUCAUUCGAUCAUGUCUCGGUCCCAAGGCCAUGCUGAAGAUGCUGCUCGACCCCAUGGGCGGUAUCGUCCUGACCAACGACGGCCACGCCAUCCUCCGAGAAAUCGAAGUUUCCCACCCCGCCGCCAAGAGCAUGAUCGAGCUCAGCCGGACACAGGACGAAGAAGUCGGCGAUGGUACAACCACUGUUAUUAUUCUAGCUGGUGAAAUCCUGGCCCAGGCUCUUCCUCAACUCGAGCGCAACAUCCACCCCGUGGUAAUCAUUUCUGCUUUCAAGCGUGCGCUGAAGGAUGCCAUCGAUAUCAUCGACGAGAUCUCCCUGCCGAUCGAUGUCAACGACGACGAUGCCAUGGCCAAACUCAUCUCCUCCUCGAUCGGUACCAAGUUUGUCUCCCGAUGGAUGGACCAGAUGUGCUCCCUUGCUCUGAAGGCCGUGCGAACUGUUACAUGGGAAGCUGGCAAUGGCAAGACCGAGGUAGACAUUAAGCGAUAUGCGCGUGUUGAGAAAGUUCCCGGUGGUGAGAUUGAGGACAGCAAGGUUCUGGACGGACUCAUGCUCAACAAGGACAUCACGCACCCCAAGAUGCGCCGACGCAUCGAGAACCCCCGAAUUGUUCUUCUGGACUGCCCUCUGGAGUACAAGAAGGGUGAAUCACAGACAAACAUUGAAAUUUCAAAGGAGGAAGACUGGAACCGAAUUUUGCAGAUUGAGGAGGAGCAGAUCAAGAUUAUGUGCGAUGCUAUCUUGGCUGUCAAGCCCGACUUGGUCAUCACCGAAAAGGGUGUUUCUGAUCUGGCCCAGCACUACCUAAUGAAGGCCAACAUCACAGCCCUUCGCCGAGUCCGUAAGACAGACAACAACAGAAUAGCCCGCGCUACGGGUGCCACCAUUGUCAACAGAAUAGAGGACCUUCAGGAGGCAGAUGUCGGCACUCGAUGUGGUCUGUUUGAGAUUGAGAAGAUUGGUGACGAGUAUUUCACUUUCCUCACCAAGUGCGAGGACCCCAAGGCCUGCACAAUCCUGCUUCGUGGCCCCUCAAAGGAUGUCCUCAACGAGAUUGAGCGAAAUCUCCAGGAUGCCAUGGGCGUUGCCCGAAAUGUCAUGUUUCACCCUCGGUUAUCACCUGGCGGUGGCGCAACCGAGAUGGCCGUCUCUGUCCGACUGGCUCAGAAGGCCAAGGGCGUAGAGGGAGUCGCGCAGUGGCCGUACAAGGCUGUUGCUGACGCACUAGAGGUGAUUCCCAGGACGCUGGUGCAGAACGCCGGCAAGUCCCCCGUCCGUGUGUUGACCGAGCUCCGCGCCAAGCAAGCCGAGGGCAAGAGCUCAUAUGGUGUCAACGGCGAUACCGGUGCCAUUGCGGACAUGAACGAGUAUGGCGUAUGGGAGCCUGAGGCCAUUAAGCUGCAGAGUCUAAAGACUGCUAUCGAGGCCGCUUGUUUAUUGCUAAGAGUAGACGAUAUCUGCAGUGCCAAGACGCUGCAGCAGGGUGCCGCUCCCGGAGUCGGACAAGGUGAGGAAUAA